CUCUAACUCCUCUCUCCCUCCCCUUCUCCACAAAUGACCAAACCACCAUGUCCAGCUCCUAACAAACUCUCCUCUUCCUUUCAAACCCUAAUUUUACCACAUUUCCCAUUCUCUCCCUCUCUGUUUCAGUAAUUCUCCAAACACACCCCAAUUCUUGCUCUGCUGCAGCACAAGCUUUUCAUGUCCAACAAAAUGCACCCACAUGGUUGAUCUGAAAAAUUCACAUUGUUUCAUAUUGUUUUUUAUGUUCCAAAUUGUGGGUUUAAGAAGCAAUCUGGUGUGGUUUGAUCGCGGUGAGGAUGUCGAAUUUGUACGGAGAUUACAAUCAGAAAAUUGAUUACGUGUUCAAAGUGGUGUUGAUUGGAGACUCGGCGGUUGGAAAAACACAGCUGCUCGCGCGCUUUGCUAGAAAUGAAUUCAGUGUGGACUCGAAAGCCACAAUCGGGGUCGAAUUUCAGACGAAAACUCUUGUUCUCGAUCACAAGACGGUGAAGGCGCAGAUUUGGGACACUGCUGGCCAAGAAAGGUACAGAGCUGUCACAAGUGCAUACUACCGAGGCGCAGUCGGAGCAAUGCUGGUUUAUGACAUGACAAAGCGCCAAUCAUUUGAUCACAUGGCUAGGUGGUUGGAGGAAUUAAGGGGCCAUGCUGAUAAGAACAUUGUUAUUAUGCUCAUUGGCAACAAAUGCGACUUGGGAAGUCUCCGAGCAGUGCCAACUGAAGAUGCACAGGAGUUUGCUCAAAGAGAGAACCUAUUUUUUAUGGAGACAUCUGCUCUUGAAGCCACCAAUGUCGAAACCGCCUUCUUGAUGAUUUUAAUGGAGAUAUACCGGAUAAUGAGCAAGAAGACCCUCGCUUCCAAUGAUCAAGAUGGUGGAGAUUCAGGGCUUCUAAAGGGAACUGCGAUUAUCGUUCCUAGUCCAGAGUCGGAUGCCUCCAGGAAGGGGGGCUGCUGCUUUUCCUCCUAAUUUUAUCAAACUUUUACUUUCAAUUUUUUUGAGGCUUAAUUUCCAGAAAACAGCCUCCAUUAGUAUAUGGAAU